AGAAUUUUACAAGACUUUGCCUUUCUCGCUUCAGAGCAGGGAGGUAUUUUUUGUAAUAUACAUAUAUAUAAAGAAUGGGAGAUUAUGAUGACGAUACAGCAUUUCUUGGACAGAGCGGUCCUUACUUCUGGACCACAUUCUUUCUCCUAAAUGUUGUUUUUGUGUCAACUGGAUUCAACGGGCUUUACAUUGUCUUUGUUGGAGCAGCUCCCAAACACCACUGUUUGAUUCCAGACGUCAACCUGACCGAGGAGUGGAGAGAUGCCAUCAUUCCCUUUACGAUAGUGGAUGGUGAGGAAGUUCAGAGCCAGUGCAGCAGAUAUAAGAUAGACGUGGUUAGAAAUCUUUCUGCACAAGGAUAUAUUCCUGGAAGAGAAGUUAACCUGACAACCCUGGAACAGGAGGGAUGCUUAGAUGGAUGGAAUUACAGCAAAGAAAUCUACCAAUCCACUAUAGUCACUGAGUGGGACCUUGUUUGUGACAACCAAUGGAAAGUUCCAUUUGCAUCCUCGAGUCUGUUUGUGGGAUAUCUCGUUGGGUCCCUAGUCUCAGGACAGCUCUCAGACAGGUUUGGAAGGAAGAAGGUUGUUUUUAUGUCUCUUGGGGUCCAGUGUCUCUCCGUCCUGCUUCAGUCCUUUUCUCAUUCGUGGAGGAUGUUCUGCAUCAUGUACCUCUGGGUUGGAGCCUCUCAGAUAUCCCUCUACAUUUCUGCAUUUGUUCUAGGAACUGAGGUUUUAAGUAAAACUAUGCGUGUGCUGUUCACAACUCUCGGAGCCUUCCUUUUCUACUGCAUUGGGUACAUGACACUUCCUUGGAUUGCAUACGGCAUCAGAGAAUGGAGGACUCUGGUUGCAGUUCUGUCAACAACCUCUCUGAUAAACUUUCCACUGUGGUGGUUUAUCCCAGAGUCUCCUCGAUGGCUGAUGACUCAGGGGAGAAUCAAAGAGGCAGAGGCCAUUGUCAGAGAAGCUGCAAGUAAAAAUAAAGUUCAGGCACCACCUGUAAUCUUUAAAGAAUCUGAGGAAUUGCCUCUUUUCAAGACAUAUACCAUGCUUGAUAUUAUGAAAUCCAAGAAUCUGAGAUGUAUCACACUGAUGUGUCUCCUUUUAUGGAUGGCAAUAAACAUUGGGUAUUUUGGUUUAUCGCUGAACACCUCCAACCUCAGUGGCAACCCGUUUGUGAACUGUUUUUUGUCUGCUACAACCGAAGUCCCCGCUUACAUAGUCUCUACAUGGCUGCUAAAAAUAUGUCCCAGAAGAGUGCUCCUUUCAUUAUUCCUUAUCAUUGGAGGAGGAGUUCUUCUGCUCAUCCAGUUCAUCCCUGACACCCUUCACAAUGUUGCUCUGGCAUUAGAAAUGACUGGAAAGUUUGGCUUCACCAUGGCCUUCAGCAUCGUGUACAUCUACACUGCUGAGAUUUACCCCACAGUACUCAGGAAUAUUGGCAUGGGGAUGUGCUCCUCAGCUGCACGUGUUGGCAGUAUCACAGCACCUUAUGUCAUUUUUUUAGGUACGUAUAAUAAAGUUCUGCCUUAUAUUUUAAUGGGAAGUCUCACAAUUGCUUCCUCUGUGGUUAACCUCUUCCUUCCGGAGACCCUUCAUAAAGAUCUUCCGGAAACCGUGGAGCAGAUGCAAAAAUGUCAGGGGCUUUGCAGUGGACCAAAGAAGAAGAAAUGCAUAAGAAAUGCAGCAAUAGUUAACCCACCCAUACCAUGUGAGGCCCAUUCUGAUGGGCAAGCUCUUUCUCUUUAGUUUAUUUGAUGUUAAGCGUCUUUUGCGUGAAAGUGACCAUCUGAAAUCCCAAAAUAAAAUCCCACAAGCACGCUAAGAUUGUGAAUUCAAGAAUUCCUAUAGGUAUUUAGACAUAUUGCAAAUAAAAACAUUAUUCAUUUUUUAUGGAAUUGAAUGGUCACA